CUAAACCGAAUCUUGUUUAUAGGUGGUGACACUAUGGUAUAGAGCACCUGAAAUUCUUUUGGGUGCACGGCAAUAUUCUACCCCUGUUGACGUGUGGUCAGUUGGUUGCAUUUUUGCUGAAAUGGUGAACCAGAAACCUCUUUUUCCUGGCGAUUCUGAGAUUGAUGAACUGUUCAAGAUUUUCAGAAUCAUGGGCACUCCUAAUGAAGAGACCUGGCCAGGUGUUGCUUCAUUACCUGACUACAAGUCAGCUUUCCCCAAGUGGCCGUCCGUGGAUCUUGCAACUGUGGUCCCAACACUCGAACCUUUGGGAAUUGAUCUUCUCUCGAAAAUGCUCUGUUUAGAUCCAAGCAGAAGAAUCAACGCACGAACUGCCCUCGAGCACGAGUACUUCAAGGAUCUCGAUGUAUCCUCAUAGAUUAUGGCCCCUGCCCCUCUGUACAUUAAGAUUGCAUGGGUUGCUCCUGAGCUUCCUGAAUCUUGGACCGUGUGCCUCCUUUCUUCCCUAUUCUUUUUGAUUUUGGUUGUGUAGUAGAGAGAAACUAGAAGAGGAGACACCUCUAGGUUACCCCUCUGUGUAGGCCAAGUCAACUGAAAAAAAAGUCUGGUGGUCUGGGAGAUCUACAUUGCCAUUUUGCCCCGUAUUUAUAAAAACGCUGACACCGACUUGUUCCUGGAUGAUCAA